UUGGUGAAACAUUUCCAAAAGGUGGAUUGUUUUUUAUUGGACGUAUCCAACUGACGUAUUUGUUUUUCUUGGUAACUGUGCUUCCAUAUUUGAAUUUCCACAACUUUUGAUUUUUUUAUUGUUGAUUUAAGAAAACAUUGAAACGCAACUGAAAUUGUUUGCUGCGAGAAGUUAGAUCUAACACAGGAUGAGAGAAGUUAUAUCAAUUCAUCUUGGACAAGCUGGGGUACAAAUAGGUAAUGCUUGUUGGGAACUGUACUGUCUGGAGCAUGGAAUACAACCAGAUGGUCAAAUGCCUUCAGACAAAACCAUUGGUGGUGGAGAUGAUUCUUUCAAUACAUUUUUUAGUGAAACUGGUUCCGGAAAACAUGUUCCUAGAGCUGCAUUUCUAGAUUUGGAACCCACAGUAGUGGAUGAAGUAAGAACCGGAACUUACAGACAAUUGUUUCAUCCGGAACAACUUAUAUCAGGAAAAGAAGAUGCAGCGAAUAAUUAUGCACGAGGACACUAUACAAUAGGCAAAGAAGUAGUUGACUUAGUGUUAGAUAGAACGAGAAAAUUGGCCGACUUGUGUACUGGUCUUCAAGGAUUUUUUGUAUUUCACAGCUUUGGCGGUGGAACAGGUUCAGGAUUCACGUCACUGCUUAUGGAAAGGCUAUCUGUAGAUUACGGCAAAAAGUCUAAAAUUGAAUUUUCCAUAUAUCCAGCUCCCCAAAUUUCAACGGCUAUUGUCGAGCCUUACAACUCGAUACUAGUGACUCAUACUACACUAGAACACUCCGACUGUUCAUUUCUUGUUGACAAUGAAGCUGUUUAUGAUGUAUGCAGACGAAAUUUAGACAUAGAACGACCAACCUACACUAAUCUAAACAGACUUGUAGCACAGGUGGUUUCAUCCAUUACUGCAUCUUUACGAUUUGAUGGCGCAUUGAACGUUGACCUCUUAGAAUUCCAAACCAACCUUGUUCCAUAUCCCAGAAUUCAUUUUCCAUUAGUUAUCAAUUCUCCAAUUAUAUCAGCUGAGAAAGCUUAUCAUGAGCAGUUGAGUGUUGCCGAGAUUACUAACGGGUGUUUUGAGCCGGGUAACCAGCUAGUGAAAUGUGAUCCAAGGCAUGGCAAAUAUAUGUCGUGUAUUCUGCUAUACCGGGGAGACGUCGUACCCAAAGAUGUUAAUGCUGCUAUAGCCACCAUUAAAACGAAAAGAACCAUUCAGUUUGUAGAUUGGUGUCCAACUGGAUUUAAAGUUGGCAUCAACUACCAACCACCCACAGUAGUACCCGGUGGAGAUCUUGCAAAAGUGCAGCGAGCAGUAUGCAUGCUUAGUAACACUACAGCCAUUUCUGAAGCUUGGGCACGAUUAGAUCAUAAGUUUGAUUUACUUUAUGCUAAACGAGCAUUUGUACAUUGGUAUGUCGGCGAGGGAAUGGAAGAGGGAGAAUUUUCUGAAGCCCGCGAGGAUCUUGCAGCUCUUGAGAAAGAUUAUGAAGAAGUUGGAUUAGAUUCUGUAGCAGAGGAAGGAGAAGGAGAAGGGGAGGAAUAUUAAGUGACGACAAACUCAUCGGAUGUUUCACUCAUCAUCGGAUGUUUCACUCAUCAUGUUUUGACGACAUUUUUACGCUUAUUUACACUUUAGAAAUAUGGCUUACACCAACACUAUAUCAACAGGACUGUAUAGACAAUGACGUAACGAUGACACUACAUAGUCUUAAAGCAACACCUCUAUCAACAGGACUGUAUAGACAAUGACGUAACGAUGACACUACAUAGUCUUAAAGCAACACCUCUAUCAACAGGACUGUAUAGACAAUGACUUGAGUACAUAGAGUCUAAUGUUAUCUUUACUCUUUUUCGUCAUGUUUUACCACUGAGAUUAUUUACAGACUUGAUUUACAAUGAUAUCAAAUUGAUAUAAACAUUCAAUAGACGAAAUGACCGUCUUGAUAAAUUGUUGACAGAAAAUUGACUGUCUCAAGAACUUUUAUCUAAUUGUUAACAAAAGACAAUAUAUUCUGAACAGUAAA